AAUCCUAUUUACGGAAUGAGUACCUAAGCGGAGCACUUACAAGUAUAAUUUUUAGGAAUCUCAUUAGUUUUUUAAACUAAAUAUCACAACCUACUCGAACCUCGGAGAAACAAGACAGAAGUUGAACCACGGACGCUGAUCAGCCUUCAGAAUGGCGUGUUACCGGUUACUGAUAUUAGGCGUAAUUUGCAUAUCAUUUUCAAGUGCAGAGAUUGAGCAGAACGCUCAACUUACAGUUUCUCAGUUAACUCAGCCAAACUCGACUAUUCAAGCCACUUUCAAUAUAGAACCUUUAGCAAAGGUUGCUCAAAACACAAGUACGCAGGUCGAUGUAAAAACUGAAUCAUUUGCUGCGGAAAAGAAACUGACGAAAUUUCAGAAAAAUAAACUUGCUAGAAGGCUAGCUCGAGAGAAAAAAAGAAAAGAAAAGGCUCAAAAAGUUUCUCCCAGUCGCGUUAAGAAAAUCAAUCAAAGGAAAGUUUUAAAUCUUUCAGAUCCGAGAGUCGCACCUACAAAAAAGAAUUCUGACUGUACGACAAAGAAAUGUGGUGCAAAUAAAAAAAAAUUUAUCAAAAAAGCAAAAAACAAGAAAGCUUUGAGGAGAAAGCAUGAAGAUGGAACAAAUGAACACCCAGCAGAGGGCAAUACUGAAUUAGAAAUCCCAGCAAAUAUUAUUGAAGUCAUGCAAGACACAUCCCUGAAUCGAUUUUCACAACAAGAAAAUGAAAGAAACGUCAGAAGAAUUCUGCAAAACAGUAAUUGCUACAAUCAACCAGCAGAUAUAAUGUUUGUUAUCGAUACAUCUUACGACAUGGUAUCAAUAGAUUUUGAAAAAAUACUGAAUUUUGUCAGAGAAUCUUUAUCAAAUCUCCCAAUUUCUUCAGCCGAGACAAGGGUCGGAAUCGCUACAUUUGAUGUAUUUGUAAACGUAAUGAUCAGUUUUAAAAAUUAUUCAGACAAAAAACUGCUCCUGGAUGCCAUCUCGAGGAUCGCAUCUGACAACAAAACACAGGACUUACAAGGCGAAGACUAUUUUGACGCUGCCAUCGAAAUAUUCUCAGAGGAAAACGGAGCCAGACAAUUGUUUUCUGGAACACAACAUAUAAUGGUUAUGAUAACGAACGAUGGAAGCAUGAUGUCGGAACGUAUUGCUAAUGUUUUAUCCCAGGAUGGCGUUGAAAAGUACUUAAUAGUGAUUGGCGAAGGAAUCUAUACGCAAGAAAUUCAGCAUCUAGUUUCUGAACCCGUGAUGUCACAUGCAUACGUCACUCCAAACUUUGACGAACUACAAAAAAUCAAUUUAGAUCUGACCAAGCAACUUUGCAAUGAAGAAAUUUGCAGCAACGGUAACAUUAUCGAUGGUGGAAUUACAGGAUUCGAUCUUCUUGGAUUGAUGAACAUUGAUGAGAACGAUAAAGUGACAAAAUCGAAUGGAAGUUAUGAGAAUGCUACAGCAUAUAGCGUUGAUCAUGAAGUAGAUCUAAGGAUUAACCCAGUCAGUUUAAUUCUACCGCUCGGGAUCCCACGUUACUACUCCAUUAUUGCCACAAUAAAAAUGAACGAACAAGCAUCUCACAACGACUGGUCAUUAUUUGAGGUUCAUAACACCAGAGGAGAAGUGAUGGAAGCGGUGAAAAUAUCGGGACAUAACAGAAGUGUUGAGUACAUCACUAUGAACGAUAAUAUGGAGACAGUGUCUGUAGUUUUUGCAGAUGCCCAGAAGCUUUUUGGAAAAGGGUUUCACAAGCUGACUUUACUCGUAACACCAGAUGGGGUGAUGUUGUACAUCGACUGUGAAGUGGUCGAAAUUAUUACAUUCAAUUCUUCUCUCGGUCGACCACUAGCGGAUGGCGAAAUCAGUAUCGCUAAAAUGGGUACCUUUGAUCCAGAAAUACAAGUCAACCUGCAGCAAUUGGAUCUAAUUUGUGAUGUCGAUAUCAACAUGAGUGAAAGGUUUUCGUGUGACAGAAUCGGACUAAAGAAAGAUAUUCCGCGAACAAACCUUUUGCUUGAAGUCGAAACCUCACAAAAGCAUCACACAUCAUCAGAAACUCUGAUAAGAGGCCGAUUCAACACACAAAAUCUUGCUGGAGAAUUUCAACAAAGCGACAACCAGACUUUUCAGCGUCAAAGUCAUUCAACCUUCACGCUUAGAAAAACUGAUGGUAAAGAUGGAGACAUCAAUGGAGAUGAUAAGUUUGAAAUCACGCAAUCAAAUAAAACAGAUGAAACAACCCACAACAAUAUGAAAGUAACGCAAGAACAAAUACCUGAGGAACCUGGACAAGUUAUUGAUAAUGAUUUCUAUUAUCAGAGACCUUCUCCUGGACCUUUAACAGAUAAUACAACCUAUUGCGAAUGCCCGCCUCCUGAAUACAUCCCAGGACCUAAGGGAGAGCGAGGACCAAAGGGAGAACCAGGAAAUGACGGUUUGAAGGGUGACAUUGGACCACCAGGAUUUCCAGGCCCAGUAGGAAUUGCGGGACGAAUGGGCCCACCUGGCGUAUCAGGGAAAAGGGGACUGAAGGGAGAUAAAGGACCAAAGGGUAACUAUGGACCCAAAGGACCAGAUGGCAGCAUUGGAUUUAAAGGUGCUAAAGGUGAACCAUGCAACGCUGAACUAGGUAAUCUAGUCGAUCGAGUGAAAGGAACCAAAGGUGAAAAAGGAAACAGAGGACUUCCGGGAUUGCCAGGAUUGAUAGGAGACGCCGGAAAACCAAGUUACAGAAUGGGUAUGAAAGGACACAGAGGUGACCCAGGACAGCGGGGACCUAAGGGUGUCAGUGGACCCAGAGGUAUGAGAGGUUACCAAGGACCAGAAGGGAAGAAAGGACUAGCCGGUCCAAGAGGAGAGCCAGGUGUGCCAGGAAUAGACGGUGUAAAGGGUGAACCAGGACCGACAGGACCACAAGGCCCAAUGGGAGAUGCUGGAAAGGCGGGACCUAAAGGACACAGAGGCAGACAAGGGUACCCAGGAAAUCCAGGAUUCCCAGGUCUUCCAGGUUUCAAGGGUCAUGAAGGAGACAAGGGCGAAAGAGGUCAACAGGGCGAAGUUGGAAAACUUGGUCUACCGGGAGUACCAGGUCCGCAAGGAGAAAAUGGCAAAGUUGGACGGCCAGGAGAGCCUGGACCAGAAGGUCUUCGGGGCCCCACAGGUCCCAGAGGAGUCAAAGGAGAUACUGGGCCAAUCGGAAACACUGGAGAGACUGGGAAACAGGGCGAAAAAGGUGACAAAGGAGAUAAGGGAGAAGAUGGAUUCCCCGGAGAAAUUGGUAGGCCACGAGAUAUGGACGAAAUUGUUGCGGCAAUCACAAAAGUCGUUGCGGAAAUGUUGCCCAGAUACAUGAUCACAUUACAAAAAGAAUGUCAACGAUGCAUGCCAAAGAGAGCGUUCCCAGGUAAACCAGGACCAUCAGGUCCUCCAGGGCAAAACGGGCUACAAGGUCUAAUUGGACACCCAGGCAAGGAUGGUGCUCCUGGUCGACCGGGGGCACAAGGACCUGAAGGCGCGCGUGGAAAACCAGGUCCAAGGGGAAACAAGGGAGAUAAUGGCGCAAGAGGGCUAGCUAUGCAUGGACCAAUGGGACCACCCGGACCUCAAGGUCCACCAGGCAAACCAGGUGAAGGAAUAACAGGUAUGCCAGGUAGUCCAGGAGCCCGUGGGGAUAUGGGUAAAAGAGGUAAACAAGGACGACAAGGCGCUGCUGGCGCCCCAGGAAUUUGUGACGCAAGCGAUUGCAGUGGAGCUCCUGAAUUUAGACCUGAUCCUAUUGUGGAUUCUCCGUAUAGCAAAGGACCGCCAGGACCAGAUAAUAUCAGAGGACCAGGUGAAACACUUGGAAGACUAAGAUUAGUUCCUGGCUUACUCAUGCAUUUGAAAGGACCAGGUGCUCCCGACCGAUUGAAUAUAGGAACGUUUGCAAACGGAGGCCGCCUAACUCGAAGAUCCACAAGAAGACCUUGAUGAGACUACAACGAACACAUUUAUCCUCUGAAAACGACAUAUUUUGCAUAUUGCAUUCGAUGACAUACUGUGCCAGCAGGCAAAGUAGUUGCUUUCAAGGAAGAACAUCAUCUCCUUGUUUAAUCAGUCUAUUUCAAAACUAUUUUUUUAUCCGCUAGAUUAUGAUAUUGAGCUGUUUUUUUUUCGAUAUUUUAUUCGCGUAAAUUUCUGUUGCUACUGCUAUUAUUUUAUGAUUAUAAUUAUUAUUAUUAUUGAUUAAAUAUAAAUUUGAACUUUUAUUA